AUAGAAGUAUGCAGGAGCUGAUGGAGGCUGACAUGAAAGUUCUUCUGAACCUGGGAAGGCUUGCGUUUGAACAACUGAAAGAAAAAAACACAAUUUUCUAUCAAGAGGACCUGGAGCAGUGUGGUCUGGGGGUCAGAGAGGCCUUGGUGUACUCAGGAGUUUGUACAGAGAUCUUUAAAAGAGAAAACUUGAUCUCCCAGAAACCAAUUUACAGCUUUGUUCAUCUCAGCAUCCAAGAGUUUCUGGCUGCAGUUUACAUUUUCCACUGUUUCACCAGCAGGAACACACAGGUACUAAGGAGCUUCCUGGGAAAAGAGUACAGUGAAACAUCUCUGGAUGACUUUCUGAUUAGAGUUAUGAAGGAAACCCUCAAACUAGGAAACAACCACCUGGAAAUGUUUGCACGCUUCCUUCAUGGCCUCUCUGUUGAGUCUAAUCAGAGACUCUUAGGAGGCCUCCUGGGUCAAAUGGAGAACAAUUCGAAAACCAUUAAAAAAAUCAGCAACAAUCUUAAGGAGAUGGAAGCUGAUGGACGUUGUCCAGAUGCAUCUAUUAACAUCUUCCUCUGCCUGAUGGAAAUAAAGGACCUUUCAGUUUAUCAGGAGGUUAAACAGGUCAUGAAAUCAAAGAAAAGAUCAAAGAAGCUCUCAGAGAUCCAGUGUACAGCUCUGGCAUACAUGCUGCAGAUGUCAGAGGAGGUUCUGGAGGAGUUGGACAUGCAGAAAUACAACACAACAGAUAAGGGAAAAUAUAGACUAAUACCAGCAGUAGUGAACUGCAGAAAAGCUCGAUUUGUUAACUUCAGGUUGACAGAGAUCUACAGUGUUUUGCUCCUUUGUUUGAAAACCAACCCCCCCCAUUUGACAGAACUGGACCUAACCAACACCAACUUUACAGAUGAUGGAGUGAAGGACCUCUGUAUUUUUCUAGAGAACCCCCUCUGCAAACUACAGAUAUUGAGGAAAGACCGUUUUAGUUUUGUGCUGAUAUUUCUGAUGUAAAAUAUGUUUUCAUACUAAACUGUUAAUAUUUUACUGACUUUUUACCUGAAGGUUUUUGUUAUCUUCAAAUGAAAAU